AUGCAAAGCAAAGCAAGCAAACCCAAGCCAUAUAAACCAAUCCAAUCCAAUCACAACAAAGACAAACAAAGCCAAACCAAACAAACCCAAGCCAAGCAAGCAAAACCAAGCCAAAGCAAGCAGACCCAAGCCACAGAAAACCAAGCCAAGCAAGCCAAACCAAGCCAAGCAAGCAACCAAGCCAAAGCAAGCAAACCCAAGCCACAGAAACCCACCCCAAGCCAAGCAAGCAAAACCAAGCCAAGCAAGCAAAACCAAGCCAAAGCAAGCAGACCCAAGCCACAUAAACCAACCAAAACCAAGCCAAACCCAAGCAAACAAAACCAAGCAAGCAAGCAGACCAAGCCCACAAGCAACCAAGCCACACAACAAAACAAGCCAAACCCAAGCCAACCCCAAACCAAAGCCAAGCAAACAAAACCAAGCCAAAGCAAGCAAACCCAAGCCACACAAACCAAACCAAACCAAACCAAGCCAAACCCAAGCAAAAGCCAAACCAAGCAUAAACCACUAAACCAAGCAAAACAAACCAGCAAAGCAAGCAAACCCAAGCCAAGCCAAAAGCAGGCCAAACCAAGCCAAGCAAACAAAACCAAGCCAAAGCAAGCAGACCCAAGCCCACGAAGCAGACCCCAAGCCCUGAAACAUUAG